CAACCGCCUCACGAAACGCUAUGUUGUAGCGUUAAUAAACGAAACAAUUUAACAAAAUUACUUGUCAAAAUACCAAUACCACAGGACCAUUUUUCUUUUUAAAGCAAUACUUUUACCUUGAACAUCAAUGCAUUCUAAUGCCGGGUCAAUUUGACCCCGGUGGCGGUUUUAGGUAUAAAAAAUAUCUGGUGGUUCUAGUGUUAACAGAUGUUCUCCGUAUCAUUCCGGAGAUCGCCAGAUCACCGGAGCCUGCUCAGUCUACUCUGCCGAGCGGAAGUGCCCACAGGCGGCGUAGAGAUCGUAAACAAAGGUGGGGGAAGCGAGGAGGGCUAAGAAAUAGGCUGAAGCUAACACCGUAUCGGCUCGCCCUACCCAGCAUUUUCCUUGCCAAUCUGCGUUCUAUAAUGAACAAAAUGGAUGAGAUACGACUAUGCAUCGUCAACCACAAACGGAUGAUGGACUGCAACAUCAUGAUCUUCACGGAAACAUGGCUAAGCGACGUUCCCAAUAGCGCCGUUGAGCUAACUGGGCGUAACCUCUUCAUAGCAGACAGAUCAGCUGACGACUCCGUUACCUCUGAACUUUCUGAAGACAACGCCAAGCAGACUGCAGAAAUCCUGAACCUGACAUCACGAAUCCAGGAGCUGGAGACAUGGAAGAAUCUCACGGUCCAGUAUGACAUCCUGACACAAGCCUAUACUGUCUUAGAAAGCAACAACACAAACCUGUCUGCAGAAGUCCAGGAGCUGAGCAAACUAAACCAGGAGCUGGAGACAUGGAAGAAUCUCACGGCCAGCUGUGACAACCUGACACAAGCCUAUACUGUCUUAGAAAGCAACAACACAAACCUGUCUGCAGAAGUCCAGGAGCUGAAAACACGAAACCAGGAGCUGGAGACAUGGAAGAAUCUCACGGUCCGGUAUGACAACCUGAUACAAGCCUAUACUGUCUUAGGAAGCAACGUGAAAAACCUGAGCAAACUAAACCAGGAGCUGGAGACCAAGAAGAAGAACUUGACACAGCAAAUAAAAAACAUGGAGACAACCUGGAAUGAGCUCAACGUCAGUCGAGCUCAGUGGAGCAUCGAUUCCUACUGCUUAGGAAAUACCGAUGAUAAGUGUCAACCCUGUCAGUUUGGAUGGGGACUCUCUCAGCCCAGCUGCUAUGCGAUCAAUGACCCUCCUUCUCCUGGUUGGAAAACCUGGGAAGAAGCUCGAGAAGACUGCAAAGGAGAGAAUUCAGAUUUGGCUGUUGCACAUAUUCCUGCUGAAAAGAACGACAUCAUCGAUAAAUACAGCCCAUUUAGUUCAGGAACUAACGGAUACUGGAUUGGUCUGAGAGUUGAAGAUGGGGAAUGGAAGUGGGUGGAUGGAAGUGAUCUGACUGAUAGCUCCUUUAAUGCAGAUCCUGUUAAAGGUCGCUGUGCAAUCUCUGUCCUGAGGGAAAACAACUGGGUAUCAGUGAGCUGUGGUGACCACAAACAAUGGAUCUGCCAGAAGAAGGCUUUAUCUCUCACUGUUUAAACAGGACAGUCAUACAAAGAAAAUGAAAUCCAUGAACAGGCCUAUAAAUGUAAAACUAUGAAUUAUCCUACUUUAAAAUAAAAACAAAUUCCAUAAAUGUGCAGAUUUGACCUUGUCAAACAAAAAAUGGAAAAAAAACAGUAAUUCCAUAAACUCAAUACAAACAAUAAGACACAAAAGUUAACUCAUAUAUAAUGUGGAUUAUUUUGACAUCAAUAUACUUUUAGUUCUACUUGAUAUAAUAUAAUCACUCAAAAGAAUGCAAUUAUUCAUUUCCUUAACAUUCUAUGGUGUUUUUAUCAGUCUGGGCGGAUCAACUCGUUUUCCUGUUACGGUUCGACUACAUAAACAUUGCAUGAACUUAAAAUAAACAAUGCGACACAAAAGUUAACUCGUAUAUUUUGUGGAUAAUUGUAAAAUCAAUAUACUUUUACUUUGACUUCAUUGGAGCUUGCUAAAUUAAUGCAAAUAUUUCUUUCUUUCUAAAAAUGUUAUUGUCUUUGUAUCAGAUAUGGAUGGUUGAGAUAGUUGUACUGUUUUGUGUGAACAUUUUUAUUCUAUUGUGUUAGAGAUGCAAGGCUUAAACUCUGCAGAUUAUUGCAAAGAUUAUGGACCAUUUCCUUGCAUUGCUUCUAACGGCCAACAGAGGGCGCUGCAUCGCUUGUUCUCAAUACAAUGUUCCUGAGUCUGUUUCAUCGAGUAUUCUGAUGGAGAAUUUGUUUAU